GUUAGCAUUUUCGCCUUGCGUCUAGAAGAUGCCCGAUUCAAAACCCGGGGUGGGCCUGGGAUCUUUCUGCAUGGAGUUUGCAUGUUAUUCCUGUGCAUGUGUGCGAAUUCUCCUGGUAGUCCGGCUUCCUCCCACAGUCCAAAAAUAUGCUGAGGUUAAUUGGUUACUCUAAAUUGCCCUUAGGUGUGAUUGUUUGUUUGUUUGUAUAUGUAGCCCUGCGACAGAUUGGCGACCUGUCCAGGGUGUCCCCUGCCUUCGCCCGAGUCAGCUGAGAUAGGAAUGUUUGGAAUAUAAAAAACAAACUGAGAAAACUAGAUUUUGACUCAAGCCUCCCAUAAUGCACUGCUGCAGAAAAAGCUAAUAAUAUUAAUAAUAAUAAAAUUGAAUUUUCCUUCGGGGAUUAAUAAAGUCAUUGUACUGUAUUAUAUUGUAUUGUAAUAUACAGUCUACCCUUAGCGUGUGUUGUUCUUUUGUUCUGCAAAUUUCUUUAAAAAAAGAAAGAAAGAAAGAAAACAAAAGAAAAAAGUUGCAACGAAUCACACUGGGACGUCUGGCUUCUUGUAGUUUUGACCUCGGGACAAUUUCACUACAGGCUGACGGACCCCUUCACGAUUGUCCUGUUUUGUCACUUGUGUUGCUUUUUUCAUCCUAAAAGUAACGAACUUCUUCCCCACAUGAGGAUUUGCUUAAAAAAAGAUUUUGGUAGUGGCAUAGAGUGAACAAACAGAUAAAUGAGUCAUCAAAAGCUCUUUCGAAAAGACAGAAAACCCCUCCUUUGAUUGUUGUUAAACCUACUUUCUGAUCUGCACUGAGCAGUAGCGGAGACUGUUUCGACGACCCCUGAACGCAGCGCAGCCUCGUUCUGACAGGCAGCUCGGCGGCGGGGAAUUUAAAUACUCCAAGAUAUUUUUGAAGAUAGUUUUUAACACUCACCUCUUCGUCAGGUUUGUGAACAGUAAGUUUAUUUUUACUAUUUAAUCUACCGUAACCGUUGUAGACUGCUAUAAAUUUACAUAGCUAGUAUAUGGUAAGUGUUUAAUAAGGUUUUCUAAAACAACUCCUUCAUGCUAGCUAUUAGCUAGCUAAUUAGCAUGACUCCAGAAACCUUUUAGCUGCUGUGUUGAUGCUGUGAAGAUGACAUCGCUGUAUAAAACUGCUUCUGACUUGUUUUCACCAACAGGUAACCAAAAACAAUGAAUCACAUCAAGAAUAUCAAGGACAUGCUGAGCAUCCCCACUGGAAGCAGGAUUGCUGCUACCAGCGGCUACUCCAGUUUAACAGACUCUCAGUUCUUCUUUGGGUCUCAGCUUUGGCCUGAAAAUUCUCAGGGCGCUUCUCAGGAUAUGAGUUUAUCUUCCAGGAAUUCACAGCAAAGUUCACAAGAGGGAAGUGACCCAAAGUUUUCAAACAAUUAUCACACUAAACCCCUCCUGUUAGGAAACCUGAAGGACAAAACCAGAAUUUCUGGAUUACUGGAUAAAUUUGAAGAGGACAGGAAAAAGGCAAAAGAAAAAAAUGACAGUGACCUUUUAGCCAAAGAAUGCCAACACAUCAGAGAAACUCUCAGCAAUAUUCAACAACUGGUCGUGGGCACAGAGAGAAAUACAACUGUGUGCCAAACAAUUUAUGAAAAAAUUGACAAUUUUGCAUCAACAUUGCAAAUUAAUUUGAGCCACCUUCAGAGGGACAUUUCCCAACAGUUUGAGACUUUGGUAAAUAAAGUUGAGUCCCAGAAAGAGGUGAUGACAGAGCUGGAGGGAAGACUGCAAAAGAAUGGCGAUGCAACGGCAGAGCUCGACUCACAUCUGCAAAGUUUAAAGAAUAGCCUAGAGAGUCUGAGAGAGGAGCAGGGAAGACAAGGACACAUGGUGGAAGAGGCCCUAAAGCUGCUCAGCACUUUAGUCUCAGAACAUUCAGCCAAAUCCAGCCAUGAGAAAGCGAUGGACAGCGCCAUCCAGACGUCACCAGUGCUGGAGCAGUCAGUAUCAUCCAAUAUCCUGCAGGAUAACAAGCUCGAUGGCGCACAGCUUGCAUGUGCAUCAUACAACCUUGAACAAAAUCAAGUUGAAGUUCACCCUCAGGAUCGUAGCCACAUCAUCAUGCAGAGGAAAUUCCCUCUGAGAGGCCACAAGAGGCGCAAAAAGAGACCAUUGGUGCCCUCACAGAGGAGAAAGUGCACAGUCUCUGAUGAAAACCGUCCACCCCUCGUUAACUCAAACAAACAGAAUCUUUCAGGAUCUCUCCGUGAGCACUGUUAUCUGGACAGUGUAUCCAGCCAGGACAGUGUUAACCCCAACAGUCAGAUGCCACUGAACAGGGAGACAAAGUCCAGUGAAGCUGCAGGAUGUUUCAUCAACCCUCUGAGCUGCUGGUCUCAGGACAGCAGCAGCUCUUUUGGCCUUGAAGAAAUCCCACCCAUCUUAGAGAAGCUUUCAGCUGAGUCCAACACCGUGAAACCUGUAUCCUUGUGGCAGUUGUUUGAGUCUGAUUCAGACUUUUAAAGGAUGAGUAAAGGUGUUAGAGCAGUGAAGUGUUUGUCUUCUAAUUUUUGGAGCAAAGGGGAAUAAAAGCCCCAAAUAUUUAUAUUUAUUAACACUUGUUACUUAUGAUCUAUUGGAAAGUUAUUCAAUGUUUGUGAGGGAUUCAUGCCAUGCUAAAUGUUUUUUGCCUCAUGCAUACAGCAGAAAAUAUGUGAAGGGAUGUAAUAGAACAAGUUCAGGGCUGCUUGACCCAAUUUCUGUUCAAUUUUUUUCAUUCUUUGUGUUUACUUAAAAAAUAUUGUGCUAAUAACAUAUCUUUGCUGAUUUAUUAAAACUAAUUUAUUCUAAUUUAUACUUCUGACCUGGCAGUGAAAGUAAACUCACAUUUAAUGCCUGCUGAUUUCCUUGACACUUCUUUGAAUCCAGAACAUGUAAAAAUACAUUGUAUUCUUAGUAUAAGUGUAAAUAAUAAUAAUUUCAGUUGCGUAAAAGUACUUCACUUCCUCUACAUGUCAUCAUUAAA